AUGACCUCUUCUCCGGUCAUGUACGUGGCCCUGAUCCAGGACCUGCCUCCUGUCAAUGGGGAGGAGAAAACCGUUGCCAUAGUUGCAGCCGCACACGACGUCUCGUCUCUCUCUUUGGUGACCCGGGGAUCUGCCAAAGAGAUCAUGCGUUUCUCAGCUCGGUCCGUCGCCCUUGCUCUGCAGCCUGGGAACAUGAUAAAGGCGUCAGCAAACAAUGACUUUGCGUACUGCGUCUAUGGACUUAAGAAUUCAAGCGGUACAACUGCAAUCCUAGUAGCCAAUACUUCGUAUGCCAUCCGCUUCGCAAACCAUUACCUUAAGGAGAUGCUUUCUCUAGCGAUGAAUUUACCGCCCAACAAGCUCAAUGUCUCCAAAGAUGCUGUAGGGCCAAAAGAGGAUGGUGGUCUUGUAGACUUAGUUCCUCUUUUAAAGAGAGCUCAGAGGCCAGAAGAGAACGAUCAGCUUUCUAAGCUGGCCAAAGAUAUCGAUGAAGUGCGAGACAUGGCGUAUGCAAAUCUAGAGAAGAUUGUUGAGCGUGGGAGGAGUCUUGAUGAGGUCAUGAAGAAGUCCGAUGACCUGUCUGCAGCGUCCAAAAUGUUUCUCAAAGAAGCCAAGAAGACAAACUGCAGACUAUGUGCUGUUCUAUGA